AAGUGACAAGGAGGAAGGAUACUAUCAAGUGAUGCAAACAGAAAUUCCACCAGCCUCCAGAUACCAUGUGUCAUAUUACGCCAAGCUGCGUGAGUUUGUGCUUCAGAUUGCCUCAGUCACUUCCAGGUGAACAAGCUCAAGACUUUGCUCUCCAGCAGGAAGAAGAUGACCGACAGCGAGUUUGGCUAUAUUCACAUGCUGGCCCAGGACUACCUGAAGUACGUCUUGCAGAUACCACAGCCUGGAUCUGGUCCAAGCAAAACAUCCAGGGUGUUACAAGACAUUGCUUUCUCAGUCCAAAACGAAGUUGAAAAGAAUUUGAAACCAUUCUUGGACAAUAUUGAUGUUGUGUCCGUAGACACCGCCAGAACAAUAUUCAACCAAGUGAUGGAAAGGGAAUUUGAAGAUGGCAUCGUUAACUGGGGAAGGAUUGUGACCAUAUUUGCAUUUGAAGGUAUUCUCAUCAAGAAACUUCUAGGAGAGCGAAUUGCCCCAGAUGUGGACACUUACAAGGAGAUUUCUUACUUUGUUGCAGAGUUCAUAACCAAAAACACAGGAGAAUGGAUAAGGCAGAACGGAGGCUGGGAAAAUGGCUUUGUAAAGAAGUUUGAACCCAAAUCUGGCUGGCUGACUUUUCUGGAAGUUACAGGAAUGAUCUGUGAAAUAUUAUGUCUCCUGAAGCAGUACUGUUGACCAAAAAGGACACUCCAUAUUGUGAAAUCUGCCUAAUUUUCUUGAAUUGUACAAGAAGCACUUGCC